AUGGGUGACUCGAACUCCAAUGCAGCGCACGCUGAGAUGCAGUGUCUUGUUCUUCAACCCUUCCCAAGGGUACCGCCCCUCAACGGCCUCUCCCGCGAGCAAAAGCUUGCUUAUGCCGCUUAUCAUCUUGAGCAGCAUGAGCAGAGUAUGAAAGACAAGAUACGUGAGACGGCGCUGUGUGCGCAAGAGUACGCAGAUGACGAAGCUGGACCGGGUAAUUCCCCUCAGAACAUACGUCAAGAGCCUCGCCCCGACGAACUUCGGGCUGCAAUGCGACUUGGCUGGAAGAGCCACAAGCCAAAACCAGUGGUCAGGACAAGUCGAAGGUGGCAGCCAGUUUUUGGCGUACCUCCAUCCAGUGAGCACGUAGGUAUCGCUAAGAGAGCCAUUGAGGAACUGGACAGCUUUGAUGCAAACUUUCAGCCCACACUGAGUGCAAUACAACGGGCUCAGGACAGUCGAAACGCAGGCAACUUUUCCGGGACGAACGGUGCCCCAACGCCCAUUGCAAGCGACUUCCCGCCUUCUCGCCAAGUCGAGCGAGAGGUAAACUACGACGCAACUAGGGAUCCGAGGGUCGGGGACCCAAGAGCCUUAUCAUGA